AAAGCUAACAACGCAACUCGUCCUUACGCCCUCCAUAACCACCUCUUCCUCUUCUUCUCCUCCUCGCCCUCUUCUUCUCCGGCUCGCCUUCUUCUUCUUUUUGCCUGUUCUCUCAUCAAGUUCGAAUCUUUCUGAGAGAAAGGCAAAGAGAAGUAGGGGAGAGAUGCUGCAGAGGGCUGAGAGCAACCGGUACUCGUGGUGGUGGGCGAGCCACAUAAAGACGAAGCAGUCGAAAUGGCUCGACAGCAACCUCCGAGAAAUGGAGGAUACGGUGAAACAAAUGCUUAAGCUUGUCGAAACGGAUGCCGAUUCCUUUGCUAAAAGAGCAGAGUUGUACUUCAAAAGAAGACCAGAGUUGAUAACCCAUGUGGAAGAUGCUUACAGAGCAUACAGAGCAUUGGCUGAAAGAUAUGACCGUAUAUCUGGAGAAUUACACAAGGCCAACCACACCAUAGCAACUGCUUUUCCUGAACAGGUCCAGUAUGCGAUGCUAGAGGAGGAGGAGGACAAAGCGAUCACCCCGAUUGAUCCAAGUAGAAUUAACAAGCGAACAGUGGAAGGAUUAAUGAAGAAAAGAAGUGACCGUGAGUCCUCCAUAAGGAAGACACAGAAUAAGAGGCCUACAUCUCCGAUUGAUAAAGAAAAGGCACAGGAAGAGAUAAAUAAGCUUCAGAAAGUAAUUCUUGUUCUUCAGACUGAAAAAGAGUUUAUCAGAAGCUCUUAUGAGAAUGGGAUAGCCAAGUAUUGGGAGGUUGAGAAGCAAAUCAUGGAUAUGCUAGAAGAAAUUUGUUGCAUGCAAGAUGAGUUUGAUACAAGUGCGGUCAUUGAAGAUGAAGAGGUGCAUGCCUUAACAACAGCAACAACCCUUAAAUCUUGUGUGGAAGCCAUUAUUAGAUUGCAGAAGCAGAGAAUGGAAUCAUUGGGACAAGCAAAACUAGAUUCUGAAAGAAUUAAGGUUGCAAAAGAAAAGCUGAAGGCUCUCAAAAGUGAGUGUCACCAAUCUGAGAUGGAAAAUGCAAAGAUGUCUAGUGAAAGCACAGAGAUGAGCUUCCCUGUCGAAAACAUGGAUGAAGAAUUUGAUUCUCUAAACAAGGCAAGGGUCCAAUUAGAGUCCAUUUACGAGAAAGUUAAGGAACAUUUUGAAAUGAAUCCUGAAAGUUCAGUGGAACUGGAAGAAAAGAUUAAUGAGCUUGUAAAUAAAGUUACCACAUUGGAACUCACGGUUUCAUCUCAGGCUGUACAAAUAAAUCGAUUGACUUCAGAAAGUGACGAACUUGAGAAAAACCUACAGAAUCUGGAAGAUGAGAGAAUGAUUCUGAUCAGUGACCCAAAUUUGUUGACUGAAAGGCUAAAGGAAGCUGAAGAGGAGUUAAGCAGAGGUCAGGCAAUUAAGAAAAUUAUCCAGGAUGAAGAAAUAAAUUUCCGUGAAAUCUUUACCGAUGCUUCUCACAGCCUCAAUGGUAUUUCAGAGAAGAUGCAACUUCCUAAACCUCUGGAAAAUGCUUGUAAUGAGGAUGCAUUCCCCGUGGAAGAGGCUGCCAAUUGUAGCACUGAACCAGUUGCAGAGCUUGGGGAUAACGAGGAAACUGAAAUCCAUGACAUCGAGGAAGAUUUGAUAGAGGAGAUUCAUGCAACACAGCAACUUGGUCAUUUCCUGCAAGAUUUUUUCCAGGCUGAGGCAGAUUAUCUACUCAAAAGUGAUCCAGAAAUGAUCGAGGACCUAACAGAGAUAGGGGAACUGAAGAAUGUCAUUGCAAUGAAAGAUGAAGAAAUAAGAUUACUGAGACAACAGUUAGCCAAUGUAAAAAUGAGUUCUAACAGUACUCAGCAUUGUCAACAGACCCAUGCAGGCACAUUUAGCUCUGCGAUGGUGAGGGGAGAUCCGAAAUCUCAUAAUUUACAGAUGCCUGGAGAUCUGACUAUUGAAUGCACUAAUGAAGGAGACUUGUCUGUUGAGUUCACUGAUUUACAAUUUCCUGUUGCAGAAGGCAGCGAUGUAGAGUGCAUCACUGAGCCAAAGAGCAUUUCAUCUACUGAAGAAAAGCUUAGGAGGGAUAUCAACACCUUUAUUGAUGAAAACCUAGAGUUCUGGCUAAGGUUCAGCACAUCAUUCCAUCACAUACAGGAGUUCAAGGUCAAAUAUGCAGACCUACAAGCUGAUAUCGGUAAGCUGAAGGUCAACAAAACACAAGAGCACAAUGAUACUGCCUCUGGUGAUCGGACUGGAAAACCUGAAUCAGCACCAAUUGGAACAAGACUCGGUGAAUUGAAGACUGAACUCCAGGUGUGGAUGGAACAUAGUGCACCAUUAAUAAGGGAGCUCCAAAGUAGGUUCUCAUUUCUUCAUGAUAUGCAAAAGGAGAUAUCAAGUGUUGUAAACACAUAUUCAGCCACUGGAGAGGCUUUGUUCACUCCUUGUGAAGCUGCAAGGUUACAAGGUGAGGUGAUGAACAUGAAGCAGGAGAACAAUAAGGCUGCAAGGGAACUGCAGAUGGGACUAGAUCAAGUCAGGUGGCUUCAAGCUGAAAUCGAGGAGCAGAUGGCUAAGCUAAAUGAUUACUUUGAAGCAUUUGUAUUGAAGAACAGCCAUGACGAUUUCUUGAAACGUUCUCCAAGCAGGUCCGGAGUACCAUUGGAGGUCUUCCUUUAUGGUUCCAAGCCCAAAAGGCCAUCUAUAUUUGCCCGCAUGCAUCCAGUGUUCAAAAAAAAACACAGCAAGCUCAGGUCUGGGCAUCGGUGAGCUGAUGAAAGGUUCUUGAAACUCUUAAAUAACUUCAAAUGCUGGCUACUUGCUACUGUAUAAGCCUGUGAAAUUAUUUUAAACAGUUCUAAAUAGAUCAGCCUAUUUCUAGUUGGAUCCCA